UUUAAGUAAAUAAAAUGUGUUUUAUUAAUGGGCCUUAUCUUUGUUGUUAUCUAUUACUUCUAUUCAGCCUUUUCCAAUGUUCAACAGUUUCAGCCCAAGGAUACUGGAAAGUCAAUCAAGUGGAAGCUCGCGAGUCGCCAAAAGAACUGAAAAUCAUCUGGUGCACAAUCAAUUUGAAUGAAACGAAAAAAUGUGAAGCUUUCGUGCAGGCCAAUGAACGAGACCAAAUCCGAGUCGGAUAUGAUACUGCUAAAAUCGAGUGCAGCCAAGCCUCGAACAAGGAUGAGUGCAUGCUGAUGCUGGACCAGGAAAAAGCCACUAUGACCACACUGGAUGCUGGCGAAAUGUAUGUUGGCGGAAGAUAUCAUAGCUUGGUGCCAAUUGCUCAGGAAGUACUUGAGGGAGGUUUUAACUACUACUACGCAGUGGCUGUGGUGAAAGUGGGCAGCUUAACCGACGUUCUUUCCAUCAGGGAUUUGAAAGGGAAAAAGGCAUGUUUUCCAGGCGUUGAAACGUAUGCUGGAUGGAUGCUGCCGAUUAGUACACUACUGAAACAGGGCAUAAUGGACGUCAAAGACUGCAACAAUCACGUGAAAACCGCCAGCAACUUCUUCGGGCCAUCGUGCGCCGUUAAUUGCCUGACUGAUAAGUACAACCCGAUUGGGGAUAAUUCGGACAAGCUGUGCAGACUCUGCACGGGCUCUAUUCCUGGAAAAUGGUGCACAGAUGCUGAUCCAUAUGCAGGAUUUAAUGGGGCUUUUCGGUGUUUAUUGGAGACAGGCGAAGUCGCCUUUUUGAAGCACACGUCCGUUCCAGAGCUGAUUAAAACCAAAGAGUUUAGCGGCGUGCGACAGGAACAGUUUGAUUUACUGUGCAAAGACGGGAGUAGACGGCCUUUAUCCGAUUUCGAAAACUGCAACUGGGGCUUGGUGCCUUCGGACGCCAUCGUUGUGUCAUCGGCAGUGUCGUUUGAAACGCGCGAGAAGUUUCAAGCCUUUCUGCAGGAAUUCGCCAAAAGGUAUGGAAAGAACGGCCCAAGACAUUUGGACUCGCCAGAUCAACGGGAACCGGAGCUCGACAAUUUCGGCAAUCGCUUGCUUCCCACUCAAGACCGGUACAAUGCCAGGCCGAAUCAACCGGAGUAUGACCCAUACAAUAGCAGAAAUGUUCAGAGGUUCCGCAGGCAGAAUUACGUUCAAGAUGGGUACAGGCCCGACUACGAAACGAGAAACACCUUAAAUGGCCCCGAAAGGAAUUAUAGCGGAGGAACUGAUGGGACUUAUUACGAACACUUUGACCUGUUCGAAUCAACGCCUCGAUACGGAGAACACGGAAACCUGCUGUUUCAAGAUUCUGCCAGGGACAUUGUUCCCGUGCCAGAAAACUUGCAGACCUAUGAAGCCUUCCUGGGCAAAUCCCACGAGAUAAUCAUGGAAGUACGCAAAUGCCCGGUAAAUCGCAUGACUAUGUGCGUUACCUCGGACGAGGAAAAGAACAAAUGCGUCAAAAUGCGAACGGCUUUGAAGGCGCAGCUUUUGAAGCCCGAACUCGACUGCUACAAGGGACAUUCUCAGAUCCAUUGCAUGCAGGCGAUUAGAGGAGGUACGGCGGAUAUAGCAGUUCUAGAUGCCAGCGAUGUUUAUACCGCGGGACUCAACUACGAGUUGAUUCCUUUCAUCAGCGAAGUGUACAAUUUAGAGGACGCCGAUUACUACGUAGUGGCGGUUGCAAAAGAAUCCGAUCUCGACACAGAGUUGACGUACUUGAGAACAAAGAACACUUGCCAUGGAGGAAUAAACACUGCAGCCGGCUGGGUUUACCCGAUGGCCUACCUGAUCAGCAACGGCUGGAUCAGAUCGUACGGUUGCAACAGCAUCCGAGCGGCCGCUGAAUAUUUCACGAAAAGUUGCGUCCCGGGCGCCAUCAGCACCGAAUACAACACUGGAGUUCCUUACGAUAACAUGUGCGAUUUAUGUCAUGGCGCCAGCUUUAGGUAUUGCAAGCGCGAUGCUUCUGAAGACUACUACGGCCACACCGGAGCGUUUAGGUGUUUGGUCGAAGGAGGAGGAGAUGUGGCCUUUGUGAAGCACACCACUGUGUUCGAAAACACCGGCGGAAAGAAGCGCGAAUGGUGGGUGAGGGACAAUCUGAUGGAGGACUUUGAGCUGCUCUGCCCAGAUGGAACCAGAGCCGAGGCUAAUGAGUAUAGAAAGUGCAACUUGGGGAAAAUCAAGUCGAACGCGAUUGUAACCAGAGGCGGGUACGGGUAUAACGAGACGCAAAUCGACGCCUACAUUAAUCUGUUCAUGUACGCCCAGACGUUCUACGGCAGGAAAACUAGGGACGAUUUCAGCUUCAGCAUGUUCAUGUCGGAUCCUCCGCACUCCGAUCUGAUCUUCCAGGAUGCCACCACGCAGCUGAAGGUGAUCCCUGCAAGUCAGCGCUAUUACUCAGUAUAUUUGGGCAGCGACUUUAUGCGGGCGCGACGAAUAGUGGAUUGCAAUGCGGGCAGUGGAUCCAUUUUUGCGACAAUCGCACUCACUAUUCUCAGCUGUGCCUUAUUAGUAGUUUUACAAUAGGAGCCACACUUCAAUGUGCCUAUUAAAUCGACUUAUUGAUGUUGCAAGCCAGAAGCAUGAAUGCAGGUUUGCAAUGUCAAUUAAAUACCUUUUUUGCUGCUUACUAGCAAGCAUAGAUAAUUUGAAAUUAUACAUUCCAAUUACAGACGAUAUUCACAAGUGCCCUUAUCAGGACACAGUCCGUCCAUUUUUUAUAUUUUUACAUUAAGUAUUGCGAGUAGGUUCGAAUAAUUGUUUCGAUGGAAUCUCAUUAGAGUUUAGUGUACUUUUUUUGCAGUAUAUUAAAUGAUGUUUUCCUUUAAA